AACUCCUAUGCAAUCAAGAUUUAAAAAAAAUUUACAAUUCUUUUUAAUUAUGAAAGAAAAAAACGCAAAGCGUCACUCUUUUCUUUUUAUUUCGCUUUUCUUUUUAUUUUUUAUUUUUUAAGGAAAGAAACUAAAAAGGCCUAAGCAUAACAAAUUGACAACGAUAAAAGGAAGGCGGUGCUAGGAGGGUGGCCCGACUGUUGAAACCAUGGCACACGGUGGCUACGGCAAGCGCCGCGUGGCUGAGGGCAAUCGCGUUGGUCGCCGAUCAAAGGGACCCGGCGUAGAUAAGAAGCCUAAGCCAAAGGCCGUGUCUCUCAAGAACCAAAUUCGCUCCAUUGAGCGCAUGCUUCGCAAGGAUCUUCCACCUGAAGUUCGAGAAGCUCAAGAGAAGAAGUUAGAAGGGCUCAAGAAGCAGCAAGAAAUUCAUACCCGUCUGGCUGUGGAACGUAAAAUCUUUUUGCGGGAUAGAAAGAUUAAGUUUUUUGAAAGGAGAAAGAUAGAAAGGAGAAUAAGACGUCUGGAGAAACUACAACGUGCUUCAUCUGGUCAGGCCCAAGAUGCACAGAUUGCAGAGCAGCUUUCAAAAUUGAAAGAAGAUCUUGAAUAUGUUAGGUUUUUCCCCAAGACUGAGAAAUAUGUAUCUUUAUUUACGGGAGGUGAUGAUUCAGACAUGGUUGAUCGAAGAAAUAGGUUACGCAAGCAGAUAAAAGCCAACUUAAUUGCUGCUGCUGCCAGUGGAAAGGAUUUGGAAGAGACAGGAAGUGAGGAUGAUGGGCUGUUGGAUAUGAGCGAUGACGAUUUCUUUUUGUCUGGAAGCUCAAGUGAUGAAGCAGAUGCAGAUGAUGAAUGGACAGACAAAAGUGCAAGGGAGCAGGCUUCUAGUGCAUCUGGUAUAGCAGCAUCUGGCAUGUCUAGUGAUGAAAGGAAUCAGAGACAGAUUUCUGCCAGAGCAUUAAUGCCACCUCCCAGGCCAUCAACUAAUUACCCUCCAAGUUCAGCAAACACUCAAUCAAGAGUUGCAUCAUCAUCCAGAAAAAAUUCAUCAAUGAGGAGCGCUGAAAUGUCCACAUCCAGCAACACAUCAAAUAGCAGCAGCAGCUUAUCCUUUAAAUUAGGAGGAUCCUCAAAUUCCAAAACAGUUCCAAGUAGUAAUAUAAGCUCCAGUUCUGAUGCUCGCAAACCCCGACGAAAGAGGAGGCCAAAGAAGAAAAAGCAGCAUGUAUGUUAAUUGAUUCCUUUUCUGCAGUUCCACCUCUUUGUUUGGGAGUUUAUGAUAUGCACAAGGAAAGUUAAAUCUGACACACUAUUUUACCCUCAUGUAUUGAUUUUGCUGUCUUUCAUUGAAAUUUAUCCUAUGGUUUUGAAUUUACUGGGUACUAUGUUGGCACUAUUUUGAUGGUCGUGAUGCUUCUGUUAGUAUUUCAUUGAUAUAUAAACCUACGAUGUGAAUGGUCUUGAUGGUAGGCUUGAAUCCGCUGAACUGAGCUUGAUAUGAACUAAAGC